AGUUAAGGAAAAGAAAUUAACAUGUUGACCAUAUUUGACGGCAUAUGCCUCAUUCCACACCUGGAUUCCAUCACCUCUUUACUGAGAGGAGGAAGAAAAACAAAACCAUUGUAACAGAUAUGCGUAGUCAAGCAAAACUAAUUCCUGCAUUGAUAAUGUCCAAAAAAUAUGUUUCAGUCUUCACCUCAAGUUCGUCACUUCUGACAGUAGUAUGAUGCUAUUCCCAUACAAACUAGUGUGGUAUUAUGUUCCUGUCCAACCCCAUCAAUGGUGAGAAACCAUACAGAUUCCAGCACUCCCCCUGUCAUCGUUCCCUGUAGUAGUAGACAGGGGUCUACCAUGGAUGGCACUGCAGCCGAGCCAAGGUCUAAUUCCAAUUCCUUACCACAACAUUCAGGACAGCAGCUACCACAGCCUCGAAAGAAACGGCCAGAAGACUUUAAGUUUGGAAAAAUCCUUGGUGAAGGAUCUUUCUCAACAGUUGUCUUGGCCCGAGAAUUGGCAACUUCAAGAGAAUAUGCUAUUAAAAUCCUAGAGAAACGGCAUAUCAUAAAAGAGAACAAGGUACCAUAUGUAACCAGAGAAAGAGAUGUAAUGUCCCGCCUGGAUCACCCUUUCUUUGUAAAACUUUACUUCACAUUUCAGGACGAUGAAAAGCUGUAUUUUGGCCUUAGUUAUGCCAAAAAUGGAGAGCUACUUAAAUAUAUUCGAAAGAUUGGUUCUUUUGAUGAGACCUGCACCAGAUUUUACACUGCUGAAAUUGUAUCUGCUUUAGAAUACUUGCAUGGAAAGGGAAUUAUUCACAGGGACCUUAAACCAGAGAACAUUUUAUUAAAUGAAGAUAUGCACAUUCAGAUUACAGAUUUUGGAACAGCAAAAGUAUUAUCUCCAGAUAGUAAACAAGCCAGGGCUAACUCAUUUGUAGGAACAGCACAAUAUGUUUCUCCAGAGCUGCUUACAGAAAAAUCUGCAUGUAAAAGUUCAGACCUCUGGGCUCUCGGAUGUAUAAUAUACCAGCUUGUAGCAGGAUUACCACCAUUUAGAGCGGGAAACGAAUAUCUUAUAUUUCAGAAGAUAAUUAAAUUGGAAUAUGACUUUCCAGAAAAAUUCUUCCCUAAGGCAAAAGAUCUUGUGGAAAAACUUUUGGUUUUAGAUUCCACAAAGCGAUUAGGCUGUGAAGAAAUGGAUGGGUAUGGGCCCCUUAAAGAUCACUCAUUUUUUGAAUCCAUAACGUGGGAGGAUCUUCAGCAUCAGACACCUCCAAAGCUCACAGCGUACUUACCUGCUAUGUCUGAAGACGAUGAAGACUGCUAUGGAAAUUACGACAAUCUUCUAAGCCAAUUUGGCUGCAUGCAAGUUUCAUCUUCAGCUUCUUCACAUUCAUUAUCUGCUUCAGAGAGUAGCCUGCCUCAAAGGUCAGGCAGCAAUAUAGACCAAUACAUUCAUGAUCUGGACAAUAAUUCUUUUGAGCUGGACUUACAGUUUUCUGAAGAUGAGAAGAGAUUAUUAUUGGAGAAGCAGGCCAGUGGAAACCCAUGGCACCAAUUUGUAGAAAAUAACUUAAUACUAAAAAUGGGUCCAGUAGAUAAACGAAAGGGUUUAUUUGCACGCCGUCGUCAGUUGCUCCUUACAGAAGGACCACAUUUGUAUUAUGUGGACCCUGUCAACAAAGUCCUGAAAGGAGAAAUUCCCUGGUCACAAGAACUUAGGCCGGAAGCCAAGAAUUUUAAAACCUUUUUUGUUCACACACCUAACAGGACAUAUUACCUGAUGGACCCAAGUGGGAAUGCUCAUAAGUGGUGCAAAAAGAUACAUGAAGUUUGGCGGCACAGAUACCAGAACCAUCCGAAUGCUGCUGUCUAGGAAAGCUUAUCCCAAACUGGCCUGGCUCCUGCCUGCUGCUCCAUGAUUCAGCAUAUGGGCUCGGCAGCACAUUGGAAGGACCUUCCCACGCCACCUGUUAGCCAUCUCAAGGGGAAAUCAUAUGUCUGAUAUAUUGCAGUUUUUUAUUUAAAAAAAAAAAAGACAAAAAAAUGACAAAAAAACCAACAACAAACAUAAAUGGAAUUCAGGGUCGCUUUGCUUGUUCUUUGUGCUUCCGUUGAGGCUUCCACAUGCAUAUCGUUGCAGUGAAGAUCUUGCUUUGGUGCCCUUCAGCUCAAUUUCUGCUGCAAACUAGUGGAUAGACCUUGCAUUACCAACUUCUCUUAAGAUAAAUUGAAACUGGUCUACAUGCACACACUCAAAAUCAUGUACCAGUCCUGUGUGUGUGUAAAUGGGACAGGGAUUAUUUCUGUGAUUUUAUUUCCCCCUUCUCCCCUUGCCAAGACCCCAUCUAGAUUAUCAUUGAACUCUAUUUCAUCAGGGAGCUUUUAAAUGCCUCUGCUGAGGUCUUGCCAUCGUCUCUGUGGGUUUAUUUUAUUUUCCUGUUUAUACUUUUUUUUUUUGUAUAUGGCAAUUGCAGUCAGGUCGGUUUUACCCUUUUCCAUAAUCUCUAAUAUAGUUCUGGUUGCAGGAUUUCCGUGGUACUUAUUGUAAUUAUGUGAGUGCACCAGAAACAUGCUUGGCAGGCAGGCUUCAUGUUGUGAAGAGUAUGGUGUAGGUUUUAAGUAAGAAAAUGCUGAACAUGGCACUGAAAUUUUAUAAAAUUAAAAUUACUGGUUCCUGAGGGUUAUGUAAAAUUUUAAGCUUGUUGUUUUAAGUAAAUGCAUUGAAGUCCUUAAUCAAGGGGCCGUACAGGUAGCAGCAUGCUUUUAAUGAAUACUAACUUAAAAUGAAUUAGUUAGUAACAAAUUUUAGUCAUUGAUAUAGGAAAUAUACUCCUGACAUUUUUAGAUGAAUUCAGGUUUUUCCUUUCUCCAGGGUGUGCACAUAUACUGCCCUUAUGAAUGUUGCUACCUGCUUUUAGUGGAUAUAUAAAGAUGAAUGAGAAGAUUUCUAUCAGAAUUGUUUUAAUGGGGCUUGGUGUAGUGAAAUGUACAAUUCUUCCUGUUCAUUAGUUGAUGGAAAUCUAGUGUACCCUUCCUGAGAAUAAUUUUUAAAACAUUUAAAUGUGCUUGGGCACUUUACUAAUUGAUAAAUGGGGAAGCAGAGAUGAAACUUUUGAUACUGAAGAAGAAAGUACGGUACUUUUUGUCUCAUCAGUACAUUAUUAUUGAAGGGUCAUAUGUCACAUGAAUCCUUGUUAUGUUAAAUUGUGGUUGAACAUUUCUUGUAACAUAGCAGAGAGCUAUUAACUUUACAUUUAACAUUUCUCUAAAUUUGUUCUCUAGCCAUUCUGCUGGGCCAUCUGGGUCUCCUACAAAGAGCAGGGCUUUGCCUGGAGAUAAGUGUUACUCAUAAUUGCAUUAAAAAGGGGUAAAAAUACCAAACUUAAUCACCUCUUAUUGAUAAAUUAGUGUUUUUUCUUAGCUCCUCUUCUACUUGUUUUAUUUCCUUUUUGACAUUUUUUUUUCUUUAAAGGGUAAGUUUCCUGCUAUUGGACAAGUGUUUUUAAUUUCCAGAUCAUUGUUAAUUCAGUUAUUUUAUUUUCUUCAUGAAUAAGUAGGCAGAAGUCCUGAUAAUCUAUCAGGGUGAAGAUGUUUUCUUAAUUUUCCCAGAGAUGUUCCUGGGGUACAGUUAUGAGUGGUGCAUGGUUGGUCUCUGAGGGGGCUUUGAUACUGCUGCAUGGGCGAUUUUCUCACAUUUAUCUCCUUUAUAGACCCAAGAGUGAUGAGAAACUUUUCUGCUUUUCCUUUAAUGUAAUCUUCAAUAAGUGUCAUUAAUAUAUUAAUUCAGUUGGAAGGCCUUCCCUGUCUCUCAAAAAGUCAUCCAUCAGUCUUAGACAUAGCGUGCCAAAUUGGAUCCAGAUUUAGAAAAGCUUCUAUUUCUUCUUCUUGCCCCAAUUAGGUAGUAUGAAAUGAUUUUUCUUAUCUCCUGUAAUGUGGUAACAUAGAUUGUUUCAAAGUUACGUUCUCUUUCAUGAACCAGGGUCUUGUUAGCUAUGUUCAUUUGAUUACUCUGAUUGGUGCAAAAUGGUUCAGAUAGCGUAAUAGGUAGUAGAACACUUCAUGGUACUAGUGAUUUCUAGUUGGGCAUAAGAGCCCGAUUCAGUGUUGGAGCGGCAUGGAGGACCAAAUAGUGUAGAAAGGUUUAUAGCUCAUGUGGGACCCCAGAGAGUGGGGGCUUUGUAAAGUCUUUCUGUAUUGGUAUCAGUUGUAGUGCCUUUAAUCAUAUAUCUAAAGGGAUUUUAAGAAGUUAAACUAAGCAUUUGUAGCAUAGAUUCAAAUUGUACUUUUCUUAUUUCCUAACCCUGCAAAAGGGUUUUGUUAUGUUAUUUUACUUCUAAAAGGUGAUACUAACAUUACCAUUUUAGAACAUUUUUCCUUUAGGAUGACUUCCCUCUCAUUUGAUUUAGACUGCAUAUAUUGGAAAAUUCUCCCAAGCAUUUAUAGAACUCCCCACUUUUUUUUUCUUUAUGCAGUUAUUUAAACUGCCUGAAACCUAAGGAUACCAAACUGCAUUGCCAGCACAUCUUUCGUUGGUCAUUUGUUUCAGGAGCAAUGGACACAUCUGAUGUAUGGCCACUAACUAGGGCAUUUUUCGUAGUUGUCUUGUGGAAGAGACACAUUCUUUUUUGGACUUUUCCCCUUCCAGGUGGUCAUGGCACUACCUCCUAGGCCUUAAUAACAAUAUUCACUUUUAAAUUCUAAAACCAGAUGGGGAUGUUAUAUUAGCUUUUGCAAAUACUGCAAUUAUUUUGCCAUUAGCUAGAGUUACUGAUACCACUGUGAGCUAACUCUUUCUUGUUAGGUAAGUUUUUUGUUGCCUACAUAAAAGUCCAUACUUUAGAAGACUUGCUUUUUAUUUUCUUAGCUCUUUCUUAUUCAUAUCAGAUAUAUUCUAGUCUAUCCCUAUAACCCUGGCGUUUAGGUGCCUUUCAUUAUAUUUAAGAUCAUAUAUCUGUAUGUAUGUAUAUGUCAUCUGGGGAGGAUGGGGGAGGAAACUAAUACCCUGUUAUUUAAUCCAACCAAGACAACCUUUAACUUAAUGACAAAUAGAAUGGUAGCACUAACCAAGAGGUUCUGACAGGUGUAGAGAGCUCACAACAACUUCUCACUCUCUGUUUUGGUCUUUCUUAGCAUGGGUAAGGAAAAGAGUGGACCAGAGAACUAUAGUAAUUAUCUCUUCAGAAAGCCUACUGUGCCUUGACUUUCUUACCUGGAUGCAGAGGUUGUUUUGUUGCUUCUUAUAGGUCUAUAGGCAGUGAGUGUUCCCAUUUGGACCAUGAAGCUACAAAACCCAGUAUGGGCAAGGGCAUUCCAAAUGACAUUUCAAUGUAGUUUCACCAAUUUUAGUGUGUAAAUCUUAAUUCAUAUGCCCUGUUGCCACUUCCCCAAAACUCUUCCUUCAAGACCCUGGUAGAGAGAAGAGGCUCCUCAAUAUGAAAAAAAGUCCCUGUUUAUACAGACAAAUUACAAAUUGCCAUUCAGAUAGAUGGUGUGUGUUUCACUGGAACCUUGUUGAAACAUUAUUCACUCUAAAGUAUUAUUUGAUGUAAGUUUAGGUUCUUUUGGAACCUUUUAGUAGGGGUUUAGUUCCUGAUAUACAAAAGGAACUUGAUUUAAGGCAUUUUCUCAUAGAAGGCAGUCUCAUGACAACAUACCAGUAAGGUCCUGCUUCAGGACUGUGCUCUUUAUUGUCUCUUACCUGGUACCUACUUCAUUUGGCACUUGUAGCUUAUAGUUCCAUACAGUGAACAUUUUUUUUUUUGUUCGGUCCUGUGGCCUAUGAAAAGCUUAUAGUCUCUGAAAUAAAUGCAAUAAAAAGCUAUCUGUCCCAAAGAAUGAAUUUGAGUAAGACUUUUCACCCUCCCUAUAAAAGCUUUAGGCUGAUACCUUGUCAUGAAUGCAGUCAAGCAUCAAAUUCUCCCCAAAACGAUUAAAAAAUAAUUAAUCAGGGAAUCUGGUUAUGCUUCCAGAUUAUGUAUGCAUUUGGCUCCACCACUGACAUUUAGCUGCUAAGUGCUCCACAUCAUGUUUCAGAGACCUUGUAUGUUGUAACCACAAUGUUUAGGUGCAAUGUUUAGUGCCUAUUAGCUGCAAGAGCAUUUAGAGCCCUCAUAUUGCCACAUUUUUGGUAGAUCAUAGAUCACUCAUAGAUAAUUAUUACAAAUUAUAGAAACUCCAAAAUAUCCACUGGGUUAUUGGGAACCAGUAGAAGAGCCUUAAUAGAUAGUUAAAAAAAAAAAAACAUUCAAAACUGUAGUUACAUUGAUGGUUGGAUCUUUAAAGGCUAGUGUAUUUUUCCAGUCCCUUAGGUUUCAGUUCCACCUUGACUCUGAGGUCCAACAAACAUGAUGGAAUAGUAUAUUGAUUGUAUUUGGCCCUCAGAAAGAGUUAUCCAAAUGAAUAAUUCAGGGGAAUAAUGGAGUACAGAUGUAUUUUUCAUCCUUUCUGCAGCAGUUCUAGGCAGGCUUCACAGCUCUGCAAAAGACCAAAUCAUCUCUCUUUGGUUUAUUUCUUGAUUUCUCCACAUCACUCUAGUAAGGGCGUUAAGGAGGAGGUUCUAUCAUUCCAGAUGAAAAGCGUGCAAGCCAGAUUUCCUUAGGAGCCAUGCUCAACACCACUUUUUAAUUUAACAGAGGUUAUGGGUCUUAAGCCCCUUCUCUGUAGAUGAUUGCACUACCCUGGAGUUUCCCUCAUCCCUGGCUGGUCCCCAGAAUGAUGAGGGAACCCAUAUAUACAACUUCAAAUGGAGUGGGAGAUUUAUUAGGUGUAGAGAGUUUGCUGAAGGUACUAUGCUUUAUGAAUGCUCUACACAUUUCUCCAUUUUAUUUUCUUUCAUACCCAAACUCAGAAGUGAAUUGAUGAUUGCUCAGUUGGGUGUGGUUUUUAUCUCUUUUUCGGCAUAUGUGGUGAAUGUGUAAGUAAUCAUUUUGUCUUUAGGCAAAUAUUUUCUAAUCAAGUUCUGGGCCACUCCUCUGAAAUUUCCUGAUUAAUAGUGGCUUUGUGGCCCAGGUUUGCAUAUGUGUGUGUACAUUUAUACAUAUACAUGUGUGUAUACAUUUAUCUGUAUCUACACACAUACAUACACAUAUGUAAUGCUGCCUUUGGAGAACUCUUCUAGGUAAGUAUCCUUAUGGCAAAGAGCAAUUUUCAGUUCAGAUAGAAGCCAUGGGGAGCUGAAAACAAAACACCUAGGUGUACCUCUUUAUCUUCCCCCAUAACUUAUUUCUUCAGUCUGUGAAGAAACUCCAAACUGUAUGCACAGUGGACUAUUUAUAAAAAGAAAACAUUUUUUUAGCUGUGUAAACCACCCUGUAAUCCAAUCUGUAUGUCUGAAUGACUAUGAAUGUGGGUUCUUACUGUUGAAAAAGCCUCCAUGAUUACGUCCUAAGUUUGAUUGGAUGUUGGCCAAAUGUACUAAAUUGUGGCAGUAUUUAGAACUGCUGUAGCUGUCUUUUAACAACAUAAAAUUAGGAAAUUGAAUGCAUUUUGAUAGAAUGUUAGCUGUCUUUCAGGUUGGUGGCAGUUAGAAGUGUAAUAUUCUCUACCUGGUUUGUAGCUGUAACUGAUGUACAGGCAAAGCAAAAAAAUAAAGAACUUAUGAAAACAGAAGCAAAUAAUGCAAUGAUAUUAGGAUAUACACUUUUGUAUUUUUAUUCUUAUAUAAGGUUAUUUGCUGGCUACUGUUGGCCUCUAGUUCAGUCUGUUAUUUAAAUUCUAAUAUAUGAAUUAUUUGGAUUGAAUUUCAUGUUCGGGGCCACCUUGUUGUAUGUAUUGAUGUACAGCCUUGAAUGUGAAUAAUUAUUGUAAACUAUAUUUUACAACUUUUUUUCUGGUUUUAUUAUAUAAAUUUUCUAUUUGGUCAAUGAUUUAAUCAUAUCUCAUAAUUUAAUGAAUCUGUUUAUUCUCUUUCCAAAUAUUUGUGCUUUAGAUGUAGUUACUGAAUGAUGAAUUUUUCACAUAUGCUCGAUAGUCUUGUAAUAAAAAAAAAGCAUGUAGGGCUCUAGGUGUA